AUGUUUCUUCCACCAAUUGGUCAACCACCUGUAUCAUCAUCAUUACAUGUUAAUGAAACUAUUAAUGGAACAAAUAUGAUUAAUACAAGUACAAGUUCCUCAGGUUCAUCAACAUCAAAUACAAUGGGUCUUCCAGGUCCUCCUCAUAUGACAUCCAUGCCAUCGACACCACCUGGAAGUGGUAUAAUGACAAUGCUUAAUCCUCCACUUGAUUUAUCACCUCCUCCACGACCAGAUUUUGGUCGUGAAGGUCGCUCAAUAAAAUUACGUGCAAAUCAUUUUUCAAUUCGUAUACCUCCAAUACUUAUUCAACAUUAUGAUCUUAAUAUUCAACCAGAUAAAUGUCCAAAACGUGUUAAUCGUGAAAUAAUUGAUACAAUGGUUAAUAAAUUUCAAAAUAUAUUCAAUACUCAACAUCCAGCAUUUGAUGGAAAACGAAAUUUAUAUACAAAAGAUCCAUUACCAUUUGGUCGGGAACGUAUUGAACUUGAAGUUACUUUACCAGGUCCGGGCGAAGGACGUGAUCGUUGUUUCAAAGUACAAAUUAAAUGGGUUGCACAAGUUAGUUUAGUUAGUUUACAAGAAGCUUUACAAGGACAUGGACCACCUGUACCCAAUGAAGCUGUUCAAGCACUUGAUGUUAUUAUGAGACAUUUACCGAGUAUGAAAUAUACACCAGUUGGUCGAUCAUUUUUCUCUCCACCAGAUGUUCAAUAUAAUCCAUUGGGUGGUGGUCGAGAAGUAUGGUUUGGUUUUCAUCAAUCUGUUCGUCCAUCAUAUUGGCGAAUGUCAUUAAAUAUUGAUGUUAGUGCUACUGCUUUUUAUAAAUCGCAACCCGUCAUUGAUUUUAUGUGUGAAGUACUUGAUAUUCGCGAUAUUCAAGAUCAACGACGUCCAUUGAAUGAUGCACAACGAGUUAAAUUUACAAAAGAAAUUAAAGGUCUCAAAAUUGAAAUAACUCAUUGUGGUAAUAUGAAACGUAAAUAUCGUGUUUGUAAUGUUACACGAAAACCUGCACAAUAUCAAACUUUUCCUCUUCAACUUGAAAGUGGUCAAACAGUUGAAUGUACUGUUGCUAAAUAUUUCUAUGAGAAACAUCAUAUGAAACUUCAAUAUCCUCAUUUACCAUGUUUACAAGUUGGUCAAGAACAAAAGCAUACUUAUCUACCACUUGAAGUUUGUAAUAUUGUUCCUGGACAACGAUGUAUCAAAAAAUUAACUGAUAUGCAAACAUCAACAAUGAUUAAAGCGACUGCAAGAUCAGCACCUGAUCGAGAAAAAGAAAUUAAUAAUUUGGUACGCAAAGCUGAAUUUAAUAAUGAUGUUUAUGUUACUCAUUUCGGAAUUAAUAUUUUAACUAAUAUGACAGAAGUUGUUGGUCGAGUAUUAAAUGCACCCAAAAUCCAAUAUGGCGGUCGUACUAAAGUUAUUGUCACACCAAAUCAAGGUGUAUGGGAUAUGCGUGGUAAACAAUUUCAUACAGGUAUUGAAAUUCGUACAUGGGCAAUAGCAUGUUUUGCACCUCAACGUAAUUGUAAUGAAGCUUCAUUACGUACAUUUACUCAACAAUUACAACGAAUAUCAAAUGAUGCUGGUAUGCCAAUUGUUGGUCAACCAUGUUUUUGCAAAUAUGCAACUGGUAUUGAACAAGUUGAACCAAUGUUUAAAUUUCUUAAAACAACAUAUAAUGGUCUUCAAUUAAUUGUUGUUGUUUUACCUGGUAAAACACCUGUUUAUGCUGAAGUAAAACGUGUUGGUGAUACAUUAAUUGGUUUAGCAACACAAUGUGUACAAGCUAAAAAUGUUAAUAAAACAACACCACAAACAUUAUCAAAUUUAUGUUUAAAAAUUAAUGUUAAAUUAGGUGGUGUUAAUAAUAUUCUUGUACCAAGUGUACGACCUAUAAGUGUUUUUCGUGAACCGGUUAUUUUUAUUGGUGCUGAUGUAACACAUCCACCAGCUGGUGAUCGAUCAAAACCAUCUAUUGCUGCUGUUGUUGGAUCCAUGGAUGCACAUCCAUCACGAUAUGCAGCUACUGUUCGUAUACAAAUGCAUCGUCAUGAAGUUAUUGCAGAAUUAUCAACAAUGGUUAGAGAAUUACUUAUACAAUUUUAUAAAUCAACACGUUUUAAACCAGCAAGAAUUAUUUUAUAUCGUGAUGGUGUUAGUGAAGGUCAAUUUGCUCAUGUACUUGCACAUGAAUUAAUGGCUGUACGUGAAGCAUGUGUUCGACUUGAAGCAUCUUAUCAACCGGGUAUUACAUUUAUCGUAGUACAAAAACGUCAUCAUACACGUCUUUUUUGUUCUGAUAAAAAGGAGCAGUGUGGUAAAAGUGGUAAUAUUCCACCUGGUACAACUGUUGAUGUUGCUAUAACACAUCCAACUGAAUACGAUUUUUAUUUAUGUUCUCAUGCUGGUAUACAAGGUACAUCUCGUCCAUCACAUUAUCAUGUUUUAUGGGAUGAUAAUCAUUUUUCUGCUGAUGAAUUACAAGCAUUAACAUAUCAAUUAUGUCAUACAUAUGUACGAUGUACACGUUCGGUAUCUAUACCAGCUCCAGCUUACUAUGCUCAUCUUGUUGCAUUUCGUGCACGAUAUCAUUUAAUUGAAAGGGAACCUGAAAGUAAUGAAGGUUCACAUCAAUCGUCAAAUGGUGAUUCCAAUGGUCAACAACAAAUUCAAUUGAGUCGUGCUGUUACUGUACAUCCUGAUUCGGCUCAAGUUAUGUAUUUUGCUUAA